AUAAUUUCUAAAUUUGAUACAUUACUGGUACAUGAAUGCAAGGGGGUGGGAUAGACACCUAAAGUCCAUUCGUAGAAAAUGGCUUUACUCACGAGAAACCUCUGCAAAGUAUUUUCACAGACUGCUCAAAUAGGAGCUGUCAGAUCUUUGCAUGUAGGAACAGUACGUCUACAAGAAUCUACAGUUGAACAAGAAGGAAAAGUAAAAUGUACCCUUAUACCAGGAGAUGGUGUAGGACCAGAAUUAGUAGUUUCUGUCCAGAAUGUUUUCAAAGCUGCAAAUGUACCGGUUGAUUUUGAACCUUAUUUUCUUUCAGAAGUAAAUCCAACUCUGAGUGCACCUCUUGAACAAGUAUCCAAUAGUAUUGCGAGAAAUCGAGUAUGCUUAAAGGGUAUUUUAGCAACACCAGAUCAUUCUUCAACUGGAGAACUUCAAACAUUAAAUAUGAAACUACGUAAAAGUUUAGAUUUAUAUUCAAAUGUUGUACAUGUAAAGUCUUUACCUGGUGUUAAAUGCCGCCAUAAGAAUGUAGAUUGUGUUAUUAUUAGAGAACAAACAGAAGGAGAAUAUUCUGCAUUGGAACAUGAAUCCGUAAAGGGUGUAGUGGAAUGUUUAAAAAUAGUAACUGCAACUAAAAGUCAAAGAAUUGCAAAGUUUGCAUUUGAUUAUGCAGUGAAACAUAAUCGUAAAAAAGUCACUUGCGUUCACAAAGCUAACAUCAUGAAACUUGGUGAUGGUCUUUUCUUAAAAUCAUGUCAAGAAAUUGCUAAAAUGUAUCCUAGAAUUACAUUUGAAACAAUGAUUGUGGAUAAUUGUACAAUGCAAAUGGUAUCUAAUCCACAUCAGUUUGAUGUUAUGGUAUUACCAAAUUUAUAUGGUAACAUUUUGGAUAAUCUGGCAUCUGGACUGGUUGGUGGUGCUGGAGUAGUUGCAGGUGCUAGUUAUAGCCCUGAAUGUGUUGUCUUUGAACCGGGUGCAAGACAUACAUAUUCAGAAGCUGUUGGUAAAAACGUUGCGAAUCCUACAGCUAUGCUUUUGUGUGCCGUAAAACUUUUACGUCAUGUGAAUUUAAAACGUUAUAGUGAACAAAUCAGAGAUGCAUUAAAUCGUGUUCUAAAUGAUGGAAAAGUAUUAACAAAAGAUUUAGGUGGACAAAGUUCUACAACGGAAUUUACAACUGCUGUAAUACACUGCCUCCGUUAAUUUUGAAUCUAUAUUGAUUUUGAGAAGACUUAUGUAAAAUAGAAUCACAUAGACUAGGAGCAUUGUGCUUAUUUCAUGUUAUGCCAUGAAUAUUUAAUGUUAAAUUGCAUAAUAUUAUCUCAUCACAGAUUAUAUGUAUUUUAGUAAAUAUAAGUUAUAUUAUUAGGGUCUUAUUUAAAAAGAGUUACACGUUAUACAUAGGAAAGGCCAAUAUUUUUUUGUGUCAAUAUGAUAUUUAUAACUGAAACUAUGUUUGUAACCAAACAAUGCCAGUUGUAUAAUAAUAGUGUAAUGUUCAAAUUGUACAUUAAUAAAUUAUACUACCUCA